GCGGCGGCUUGUUGUUGUGGAGGCCAAAAUGGCGGCUCAAGCAGCGGCGGCGGCUCAGGCGGCGGCGGCUCAGGCAGCGCAGGCUGAGGCGGCCGAGUCGUGGUACCUGGCGCUUCUCGGCUUCGCCGAGCACUUCCGCACUUCCAGCCCGCCCAAGAUCCGCCUGUGUGUGCACUGCCUGCAGGCCGUGUUCCCCUUCAAGCCGCCUCAGCGCAUCGAGGCCCGCACGCACUUGCAGCUCGGUUCCGUCCUCUACCACCACACCAAGAACAGCGAGCAGGCGCGCAGCCACCUGGAGAAGGCGUGGUUGAUUUCGCAGCAAAUCCAGCAGUUUGAAGAUGUUAAAUUUGAAGCAGCAAGUCUUUUGUCAGAGCUGUACUGUCAAGAGAAUUCCGUAGACACAGCAAAGCCGCUGCUGCGGAAGGCGAUCCAGAUCUCCCAGCAGACUCCGUACUGGCACUGCCGCCUGCUCUUCCAGCUUGCUCAACUGCACACGCUUGAGAAGGACCUGGUGUCAGCCUGUGACCUCCUGGGCGUGGGGGCUGAGUAUGCCCGAGUUGUGGGAUCGGAGUACACACGGGCAUUGUUUCUGCUCAGCAAAGGGAUGCUGCUGCUGAUGGAGCGCAAGUUGCAGGAAGUCCAUCCGCUGCUGACCCUCUGUGGACAGAUAGUUGAGAACUGGCAAGGGAACCCCAUCCAGAAGGAGUCUCUACGUGUCUUCUUCCUAGUGCUCCAGGUCACCCACUAUUUGGAUGCUGGGCAGGAGUGGAGAGGCACUCAGGCGUGUGGUGCCACUCACCCACUCCAGGUGAAGAGUGUGAAGCCAUGCCUGAAGCAGCUGCAACAGUGCAUACAGACCAUCUCCACACUGCACGAUGAUGAGAUCCUGCCUAGUAACCCCGCCGACCUCUUCCACUGGCUGCCCAAGGAGCACAUGUGUGUGCUUGUCUACCUGGUGACCGUGAUGCACUCCAUGCAGGCUGGCUACCUAGAGAAAGCACAGAAAUACACAGACAAAGCUCUCAUGCAGCUGGAGAAGCUCAAGAUGCUUGACUGCAGCCCUAUCCUGUCCUCCUUCCAAGUGAUCCUGCUUGAGCACAUCAUCAUGUGCAGGCUUGUCACAGGACACAAGGCUACUGCGCUACAGGAGAUCUCCCAAGUCUGCCAGCUGUGCCAGCAGUCCCCCCGGCUCUUCUCCAACCACGCCGCACAGCUGCACACGCUGCUGGGCCUGUACUGUGUCUCUGUCAACUGCAUGGACAAUGCAGAAGCCCAGUUCACCACAGCCCUGCGGCUCACCAACCACCAGGAGCUGUGGGCCUUCAUUGUGACCAAUCUGGCGAGUGUGUAUAUACGGGAAGGAAAUAGACAUCAAGAGGUACUGUACAGUUUGUUGGAGAGGAUCAAUCCAGACCAUAGCUUCCCUGUCAGCUCUCACUGCCUCCGAGCAGCAGCUUUCUACGUGCGAGGGCUCUUCUCCUUCUUCCAGGGGCGCUACAAUGAGGCCAAGCGAUUUCUUCGAGAAACUCUGAAGAUGUCGAAUGCAGAGGACCUAAACCGGCUCACAGCCUGCUCCCUGGUGCUUCUGGGCCACAUCUUCUAUGUGUUGGGGAAUCACAGAGAGAGUAACAACAUGGUAGUGCCCGCCAUGCAGCUGGCUAGCAAGAUCCCAGACAUGUCAGUGCAGCUGUGGUCAUCAGCCCUGCUGAGAGACCUGAACAAGGCCUGUGGGAAUGCCAUAGACGCCCAUGAAGCAGCCCAGAUGCAUCAGAACUUCUCGCAGCAGCUGCUCCAGGACCACAUUGAGGCCUGCAGUCUCCCUGAACAUAACCUCAUCACGUGGACGGACGGCCCACCCCCCAUGCAGUUCCAAGCUCAGAAUGGACCCAAUACGAGCCUGGCCAGCCUCCUGUGAGGCUCCCAAAGGGACCCACCCAGUUUCUCGGGGACUGUCGGGCCCAGUGUGUCCCCUACUUCCAUCCAGAUGGCACUUGAGCUUUCCUUGGAGGUGUGCUGGAGUGGGUGUCCCCAGGCUUAUUUCCAGACUGUCUCCAGAGAUUCCAAGUCCCUGUGGAGUGUGCAGUGCCGAUUCCACCUCCCAGGAAGAAGUGGCCAGCCAUUCCCACCACGUAACAAGACCCCUAGUGCCAAGGCUUGCAGGUGGGAUAUUGGAGCCAACUUUCCAGAGCCAUCUUUUAAAGUGGACUUGAAUUGCCAGUUCUGCUUCCACGUCUGAGUCACACCUUCAAGGGAAUGUGUCUGGGCGGGGGAGUGGGGUGCCAGUUGCCAGGGUGGGUGGUACCACUGGUGCAUUACCACGACUUCCGUAGCCUGGCCUCCGUGCCUGGCUGGAGUGUUUCCUCUGCUCACAGCAACUUCCAGAGCCCAGAGGCAAAACACCAGUUUCUGCCCCAAAAUUGGAGGGAAAAAGUGAUGGCACGUGUCAGGGAUAAAAAUGCACAUCCCACCAUGACACUUUCCCCAGCUUGCCUUUCUGUUCAGUGUGUCCCCCCAACCCCCAUCUGACAGCCAGGGCCUCUGAUCAGGGACCCUGGGGCACCCAGGAACUCGUCUUCCAAACAUCUGUACCUUGACUGGAUUCAGUGUUCAAUUGUGGGGUGCACAUUCUUGUAGGCGGGUGUGCAUGUGUGUGUGUGUGUGUGUGAUUCACAGAGCUGGAGCUGGGGGCUGAGGCUCUUAAUGUGUGCAUCAGCUACCUUCCCCUGUCAGCAUCCGUGCCGCUGGGCAGCAAGCAGGGAGAAGCGAGGUCCCCUCCUCAGCCCACCUCAGGGUACCUGAAGGAAGAAGGGCCUUUCCUCCUGGCAGCUCUGCAGUGUCCUCAGCAGAGGGCAUUUGCAAAUGCCUGGAGCUCAGCUGGCGAGCAGGCAGCAGUUCCCCAGGCCCUUGCCCUGCUCUCAGGAGUGGGGAUGAGGCGACCUACCUGCCUUGGGACGGCAUCCUGAGCCAAGCGCAAAAAAAACAUGCUCAGUUCUGUGCUCCUCUUGGAUAGUCGAGGAGGUACCCCAGCAGUGUUGGUGGCAUUGGGGGCAGUCGAGGUAGCCGCCACGUCCAGCUUCCAAUGUCCGGAAGCGUCUCCCCACAGAGGAACAGUGAGUGGUCUUGUUAGUCAGGGUGGCUUGUUAGUUUGCAUCUUGUUCCCUUGCACUGUGAGGGCUGCUUCUCGAAGCCUCAGUGUGACAGAAGGAACACUGGGAUCACUCAGGACAGCUGCUCAGGCCCUGAGGCCUGGGUGUGCCUUAGCCACAAGCAGGGCUGUCAGCAGACCUCCCUGCACUGGGCCACUGCCCUUACCAGGCCAGCAUCAAGCCCCUGCUGCCCACUUGGGAAGCCAGCGACAGGUUUGCAAAGAGAACUGCUGAUUGGAGACGUGGGCUGGCCGGGACUUGUUCUACAAGGACCCACCAUCUCUGUGGCAUCCUGGGUCACUCAGGAGAGCCUAGCACUGUCCCGUGCUGCUCAGGGCCCCCUUUUUGGCUGAGCCCCGCCCCUAGGCCCAUGAGGCCUAUAGAAGAAGGUGUGACAUGUGGCCACAAGCUGUCCUGUCCUGUCUUCCUCCCCCCUCAAGGGAACCCCCUAGGCCCUCCCCUCCACCUAAGGGACAGAGCCCCCCUCUUACCAUGAGCUGCCCCAAUUGGCCUGGACCCCGCACUGUCUGACCUCUCCAGACCCUCAUUACUUCUUCAGUCACACUGUGCAUCAUGUUUGUCUCUUCAUAUUUAUUUAAGCCUUUCUUUGCUUCUAGGGUAUUUUUUAUGUAGAGCAGUUGAAAUAAGAACCUCAACACUUAACAUCUGUUCUGAUGUUAAAAUACUUUUAAUGACCACCCUGUUAUCUAUAUUCAUGUAAAAUUAAGGACAAGUUUUUAUGUUUACAGCUAAAAAUUCAGUACUCCAUGUUUAAUAUUCCACUCUAGCUUUAUGGAAGCCAAACUGCAUGUACAUGCAUUUAUGCACGUGUAAGCUUUGAACUUCCCCUUUGCUGUAGCAUCUUUUGGUUACAUAAAGUUGUCAUAGUACCUUCUUGUGAGUCCGAAUUGAGUGCCUCUCAGUUUCUUACUCAAUCAUAAGAAUUUAAGACAGGCAGCAAGUGAUCCCCCAGGGAAACCUUACACAGUCAUAGCUAACUGUUCAGAAAAAAAUAGAUAAAAGUCCAAGCCUUUCAGUGUAUAGCAGUGUAAGGGAGCAGCAGAAAGAUUCCUGUUGGCAGGUAAAUUACUGAAAGCUGGCCAGACUUUGGGUGCCGCUUCCACUUCCUCCUGUGGUCCUCAGGGUCUGGGGGACUGGUCCAGGAAAAGCUGGGUUCCCUGGGACACACACUGCUGCUCGCCACUGCUGGGUCCUUGCAGUCACCCAUGGGUGAAGCGAGGGUCCUUUCCCUGGGGUAAGAACUCCCCACCCCACCUAUUGAGAACACUGGCAAGGAAAUCAGAUAAGGGCUGCCUGGUACAGUCGGUUGCAUUUGUUGAUUGCAUUGUCUCUGUUUUGUUAAGGGUUUUUAAUAAGUAUGUUUGGCAUAAUGUCUUUUAAUGGGUUUGUAAUAUCUUACCGUUUUAGCAGCCUGUAACUUCAGCUGGUGCUUUUAAUCGGGAAAAAAAGUUUGUAAAUACAAAACAUUGUUUAAAAGACGUAAUCAUAGAGCAUAGCUUCCUGUUGUUGGAUUUCUUUUCCUAUAUAUUCAAAGUAAAAUAAUUUGCAGGCACCAUCA